GCGUAGUAUGUUGCUGACGCCGCGGUCUUACGGAGCGUGCACAACGAUAGGAAGUGUCCGUUCAGCAAAUUAUAAAAUACAUAAAACAAACUAAACAAUAAAAAUUUAUAUACGAAUUGGCGGCUUUGACAGUGGAUUGAGUGGAUUGAGGAGAAAAGCAAGUUGGCAAAUAAGAAAACAAUAAUUACGUUUGGACGAGUAGACAAACGCGCUCAUAAAUUUUGCUUUCGCUUAAUCAAAACUCGACGAAAUUUAAAUGAAAGCAAGCAUAAAAAAAUAAUUUUCAACGUUGCAAAACUUGAGCUCACGACGAGUUGGGGUAUUCGGCUGUCGUAUGUUGUCUUCGUAGUCGCCGUUGCCAGCACAGCUGAGAUCAAAAUUAAGAUUGAGAUCACUAUUGAGAGGCGGAGAUCAUCGCAAAAGUCAUCGCGCAGGUAAAUGGAAACGGGAAAAACUGAUAGGAAUAGAGCGAACGCACUAUUGGUUGUUGCUGCUGUGAAAAAGCUGUAGAAUUGACAAACGACAUAACAAUAGAUAAAUGAAUAAUAGUGAAGGCUGAAAGUAAAAGAAAAAGCAAUAAAGUCCUAAUAUAAUUUGUGAAAAAGUGGAGUUAAAAAAAUCAAGCAUCAAGUAGAUACUCAAGUGCACCAGGCAAAAAUACAUACAUACAUUGCAUAUGCUUAUAUGCAUAAUGUGGUGCGUUUGCGUGUAAUACGAUAAUAUUAGUUAAAAGAAUUUUCAAAUAUAACAAAAGCAAAGUUUAACAUAAUAAAUAAGGUCGCGCUAUAAGCCACGUUAAGAGUCAAGCAACAAUCGAAUUCAUGAAGCGAAGCAAAGUUGCGCAGCAGAACGUAACCGCAAACGUCUACAGCUGUUUCAAUAAAAUUUAGCUAACUUUAAUAUAAAUAAUUUCAAUAACUUAAAUGUUAAAGUCCUCACUUGCAAAACCGAAAAAGAAGAGAAAGUAACCAAACCGGCAUUUGUUAAAAAUAAAGUAAAAUAAAACUUCUACCCAACCACCAACUACAACAAUAAUACAGCCCCACAUGCCUUCGCCAACUCUGAAACAACAGCAACCACCACCACCACCGCCGCCGAUACCUCCAUUGAUACAACAUCAAUUCUCCUAUCCAAAUCAACAUCAACCGCAAAACCAACAAAAAAACUAUUAUCAUGCAAAAAAUAAGUUGUCAUCGAAACUGAAAUCUUCAUCCCUGGACAAUGAUAUUUUUCUUCAAAAUCGUAAAAAUAAUAGUCAAAGUGGCUCGGAUUGGCUAUUGCCACCGCAUGGUUGUGCCACAAUACCACGUGCCGGUUCUACUUCCUCGCUAGCGAGCACUGUAACGGCUAAUAAUUAUCAGGAAUAUAAAGCGGAAAUCAUAAAUCAGGGCAAAUGUCUUUGCGGUCAGUACAUUCGCGCACGCUUAAGACGCGCUGGCGUGCUGAAUCGCAAAGCGACGCAGCGUUUGCGCACCAUAUUGGAGCCUUCAUCGGCAGUGGUAUACGAGGUGUUCCCGGCAUUGAAUAGCAUGGGCGAGGAAUUGGAACGCAUGCAUCCGCGUGUCUAUACGAACGUCUCACGUCAGCUAUCGCGCGCACCCUAUGGCGAGUUGGUCGACGGUGAUACGGCGCCCAUGCUGCUCAAUCUGGUGGCCAAAGAUUUGUUUCGUUCGAAUAUAACAUGGGGCAAAAUUAUUUCUAUAUUUGCGGUCUGUGGUGGUUUUGCCAUCGAUUGCGUACGACAGGGACACUAUGAAUAUCUGCAACUUCUAGUGGAUGGCAUAGCUGAGAUAAUUGAAGAUGAUUUGGUGCCAUGGCUGGUCGAUCAUGGCGGUUGGUUGGGUCUGCAACAACACAUACGCCCGCAUGUGGGACGUUUUUCAUUCCUGGGAUUGUUAACACUUUUCGUUGCCGUGUCGUCGGGUGUUUAUGUUGUAACCAAUGUCGCCAAACAUAUUGGUUGUCAUUUGUAUUCGUUACUGUUCUGAUAGGGCAACGAGCGUUAAAUGACCCAAAGGUGUAGAAAGUUGGAAAUGUGGAAAAUAGAAAAUAAUUGCAUGCAAAGUGUAAAAUGAUGUAGGGUCUGAUUUUGUUGCAAUAUUAUAAUAUUAUAAAUUUACAUUAAUUUUCCUAAAAUUAAUUUCUUUAAAACUAAUUUGUAGAAUUUUUAUGCAAUACGUAAAAUGGCGGCGUGGAUGUUUUGGU